AUGUGGAAGGGUAAAUUAGAUGAUAAUAUAAGAAAUAACCCAUAUGAUGAAGGGGAGCCAGAUGAAAAUUCUUUUGACAGACACGAAGAAGAUGAGGAUGACGACAAAAAUGAGCUAGACGAGACGGAAGAUGAAGAAGGUGAAGAAGGGGAAAAAGAAGAUGAUGAGGGUGAAGAGGACGAAGAUGAAGAUUACGAAUUAAAAAAUUACGGUAUAGCACUUGAAAUGCCGAAAAGAAAAAACAGAGGUAGAAAUUUAAAGAAAUUAAUUGGCGAAGAUUUAGAAAAAGAUGAAAAAUUUUGGAAUGAUAGUAUAUGGGAAGAAGAGGAAAUAGAUGAAGAAUAUGUAAAUUCUGAAGGAGAAGAAGAAUAUGUAGAUGUAACCGAUUCCGAUUUUGAUGAUGAUAAAGAUGAUGCAGAGGGGGAUGAAGAAGAUGAAGAACAGAAUGAAAAUGAAGGUGAUGAUGAUGAUUCAAAAAGAAAAAAAAAAAAAAUAUAUGCCUAUAUGGAAAAUUUAAAAAAAAAAAAAAUGCUAAAAUAUAAUUUAAUGAAAAAGAGGAAAUACGAUAAUAUGAAAAAUAGCAAAUCUAUAAAUGAUAUAAGAGAUAAAACUGACGAUAAAAAAAAUCAAGAAAAUAAAAAACGAAGAAAACGGAAAAAAACUGAACAAAAUUAUAUAAUGUUACAUAGAUCGACAAGGGAUACUACUAGACAAAAAACUGAACAAAUGGAAAAAAAAUUUGAAUUGAGAAGAAUAAAAAAAGAAGAUCGCUUUAAAAAAUUUUAUGAAAAUAGACAAAAAAAAAAAGAUAUGCAAAGAGAAAUGACAAGAGAAGAAAGAUUAGAAGAAGCCAAAAUAACUGAACAAUAUAAUAUGCAAUCUUUGUUAGAAUUGCAAGCAUGGGAAGAAGAAAAAAAAAAAUAUGUGGAAAGUAAAAGAAUUAUAUAUCACAAACCAAAAAAUGUUUUCAUUAGCUUUUCAUAUUCAAAAGAUAAUAAAUUACCAUUAAUCGAAAGCCUGAAAUAUGAAACGGAUGUAUCCAAUCUAAAUAAUCAUGGAAAAAAUAUAACAGCAGAUGGCGAAUUAAUUGACAAUACUGGAUUAUUAAUAGCACACAGUACUAAUAUAAUAAAUAGUGAAACAUAUAAAAACGUUAUUGAAAUCGGACAAAAUCCAAACGAAAUUCAUUGCCAAGGCCAAGAGAAGAUAAACAAAAAAGAGAAAACGGAGAAUGAAGAAAAAAUGGGCAACAAGGAAAAGACGGAGGGAAAAAAUGGCAUCAUUACACCUGAAAAUGGAGAAAAUACUAUCAAAACUGAUAAACCAAAUAAGGGCAUAUUUGAUGCAAAUAUCGAAUUAAAUUUAGAAAAUAUUGAUCGUUGUGAAGAUCUAAAUAUAGAAUAUUUAAAUGAGAAAGAUGGAUUAGCAUUUGAUUGCCUAAAUACUAUAAAUAACAAUAAUGCUAAGGGUGAUAAUGAUAACAAUAAUUUAAACAAAACUAACGAACAAAAAAAGGAACAAAAACCGAGAGACAUUGAAGAAAAACAAUUUUAUAUUGUUACAGAUCCUAAUGAAUUAAGUAUGUAUAGUAAUUAUAAUAAUAAUAAGGAAUGGUUAGAAAAAUUUAAAAAUAAGCGUAAUAUAUGUUCAAUUACAAAUUUAGAAGGAAUAUAUUUUGAUCCAUUGACAAAAAAAUAUUACAAUAACGCCGAUGCAUUUAAAUUGUUAAGAUUUUUUUAUCAUAAAAAUAUGUACGAUGAUAUAAAUAACCAAUUAUCUAUAAUGGUUGAUAUAUUCAAAAAUAAGUUAAUUGAAAUAGAGGAAUCCACAAAAAAACAAAAUCCUGAGAAUAUUUAG